AUGCCCCGUGGUGAACGAAUUCACAGUAUCAAAGGCUCGCCUGAAAAAAGGAGAGGCAAACACAACAUGGAAAAACUGGAGCGUGAGGAUCACAGUAGCGGACAUCGGGAAGAUGGAAAACAAUGCGCCAGUUCUGUCGAACAACCCAAAGGUAUAAGGAAGUGUCCCUGCAAAAGAGAACGUGAGCCCCCAGACGCGGACAUCCUCCACGGUUCAUUCAUCGCCUCCGAUUUGCAAACUAGGAUGGACACUAUUUAUACUCACAUGGUCCGGCGCAUGCUGCCAACUCAAAGCAAGUUCAUAUCGGAGGCGGGUAUAAUGGAGGAGGCAGAUGGCGCGACGCUCACAUUUGAGGUGCAGAACAAGGGAGCAGCCAUAGCCAUGCGUGACCGGUUGCAGAACACUGUGGUAUGCGGCCGCCAGUGGAAGGUUGAGAUAUUUCCAUUAAAGGAAACACAAUGUUCGAAAGAGGCAUGUCUAGUUGAUGUUCUGCUGGUCCCUCCUGCACCGCGCACGCUUGUACUCCGAGCAUUGAAUGGAGCAAAGGGAUUUCUUUCACUAGUGGAUGUUGAGGACACUGUAAUCGCCACCCCCGUAAGUGUGCCCACCGAAAGGGAAAGCGUGGAUAGCGAAAUUGAUAGCAACAGGUCCUUUCCGCUCGACCCCUCUUUCAACGAAGCGACCAAUGGAAAUAACGGCGCCGUGGAUUUGGAAGAACGAGUAUUGGCUUCCUUUGUGGAUGAGGGGAGUGCUCAGAACGCGCGUGCUGUCCUUUCUGGUAGGCUGAUAGGGACGUCUGGCGUGCGCAUGUUCUUGGAAAGACAUCGCUAG